CGCCACCCCUGCUUCCCGGUGAUAGCUCAAGAUGGCGGCUGCUGUGGCUUCCACCCGUCUGGGCGCCCAGGUGUCCCUGAGCAAGCCCACCAGCUUCAAGGCUGGCAAGGCCGCAGCAGCUCGCGCCCCCGUGGCCCGCGCCGUCAGCUGCUCCGCCCAGAAGCACGAGGCCGGCAAGCAGGUGGCCACCGGCGUGGCCGCCGCGGCCCUGGCCCUGACCUUUGGCUUUGGCGCCGUCGAGCCCGCCUUUGCCGACGUGGCGGGCCUCACCCCUUGCUCCGAGAGCAAGGCGUUUGCCAAGCUGAAGAAGAAGGAGGUGAAGUCCCUGAACAAGCGCCUGAAGAACUACGAGGAGGGCUCCGCCCCCGCGCUGGCCCUCCAGGCCACCAUCGCCAAGACCGAGCGCCGCUUUGACAACUACUCCAAGCAGGGCCUGCUGUGCGGCACCGACGGCCUCCCGCACCUGAUUGCCGACCCCGGCCUCGCGCUGCGAUACGGCCACGCCGGCGACGUGCUGAUCCCCACCAUCGGCUUCAUCUACUUUGCCGGCUGGCUGGGCUUUGCCGGCACCAAGUACCUGCAGGCUGUGGCCGCCACCGCCAAGCCCAUCGAGAAGGAGAUCAUCAUCGAUGUGCCCCUUGCCUGGAAGCUGCUGUGGGAGGGCUUCGGCUGGCCCCUGCGUGCCUUUGCCGAGCUGAAGAACGGCAAGCUGCUGGAGGCCGACAGCAACAUCACCGUGUCGCCCCGGUAAAGCGCUGGGCCCCACCCCCCGGCACAGCACCGCUGGCCCUGCGGCCCAUCGCCGCGGCCCAGCAGCAGCAGCAGCAGCAGCAGCACUUGUACCAUCAA